AAAAAAAAAAAAGAGUCGAUAAAAUCGAUCAUCAGGUCACAUUAUUCAUCAUUAUCAUCAUCAUCGUGAUAUAUUUCUAUAGUAUGUACACUCAAGCUAUUCACUUGUUUUACGCCACUUCAUUUAUUACCUCCUUGUGGUAGAUAUGUGUAUCAUUGAUAACAACGGGGUUUUCACAAAAGGGAGGAAGGAUUGAGGAAAACCUUCCAAUUUUUCAAUGACCGCCCCUAAAAUGCAUAAAAAACAGGUUUAUUUUUGAAAACAAUAGUUUUCUCUUUUCUUUUCCCUUUUCUUUUCCUUUUUUUUCAAAUCCACCUUUUUUGAACUAUGGAUUAUCUCGUACAAGCUUCUACAACGACAUGGGUGUUAAUGACCUUGGCAAUCUAUUGUGGUGUUGUUCGUUAUUAUCGCUAUAAUGUUUUGAACGAAAUGAAAAGGAAAUAUCCAGAUCCUAAUACAGUAUUGGAAAACCGUGAUGUGGCCUAUGAAAUUUACAGUGAUGUUUUUAGAAAAGAAUUCCCAAACGUUGCCAGGACAUCGUUAGAAUUUGCUCUAUUCAAAACGUUCGUGAUUCCUCCCAUUAGCAAGUUACUUUGUGGUACAGGUGAAUUUGAAAAAAGAUGUACCAAGCGGGCUGAAGAUACUGAAGUUAUUUUGUCUGAAAUGAUUGAUGCUUACCCUCGUAUCCAGAAUCACCUAAUGGAAGGCAAUACAGUAUCAGAGAAAGAAAUUCAUCAACAAUUCCAUCGACAAACCCUCGCCACUGAACGGUUGAAUGAAAUCCAUGGCAAAUAUCCUAUUCGCAAUGGUGAUUACCUUUAUACCAUCUCUCUCUUUUUAUCAGAACCUAUUCGUUGGAUCAAUGCUUUUGAAUGGAGAGAAUUGGAUAUUCGUGAAAUAAAUGCGAUCUUUCGUGUAUGGCAUGACAUUGGGGUGGACAUGAAAAUACAAGAUAUGCCUAGCACCAAAGAGUCACUUUUAAAGUUUAAGGAGGAUUAUGAAGUAAAAGAAAUUCGAUACUCACCUAACAAUUGGAAGUGUGCUGAACCGACGAUUAAACAUCUAUUGACGCGAUUACCACGAAUGAUCUGGCCAAUAGUAUAUGCAACUGUACCUUGUCUGUUGGAGAAGAGAGAGAUCGAUGGGUUUGGACUCCGUCAUCCUCAUUGGCUCAUGGAACUUGUGUUCCACACCGUCGUCAGAGCAAGAGCAUUGUUUAUCCGCUAUUUUUGUCUUCCUCGAUCCAAGUAUCUGUUGCGUACGCCAUUCCAUGCCAAUGAUCAAGGCCGUUAUGUCCCUCAUUUCUUUUUAUAUGAACCCAAGGUGUAUCCAGAUGGUUAUUGUAUUCAUGAACUUGGUCCCGAGAAAAUGAUGCCCAAAUCUUGUCCUGUCCUUCAUCAUCGUCGUCCUGUGGAUACCUGUACCGAAAAAGAAUAGUUUACCCCCUUCAUCCUCUCCAGCGCGCGCUUUUCCCCCUUUUUCUUCCCUUCUAUCUUCCUCCUUCCCUCCUUAUUUACUUCCCCCUUACUUUAGUCAUCGUUUGAAUCAACAAAUCAAAUAAAAAGUAGGAUAUUGAAAAUAA